AAGAGAAAAUGCGGGAUGAGGCGGGAUGUAGUGGGCGUCCACGCAAGCAAACUGCAGAAAACUUCCGAGGGUUCAUGCAGGUCAACACGAACGACGGGCGGAAGAAAUUUAUGACCAUGCCUACCUAUAUCGUGUGAAAAUACCAUGCUGAUGCAUAUGCACCACCCACACAUCGGGGACCAGUCCGUGACAUGCAUUUGAUGCUGCGCCGUGUAGCCAUUCAUGCGAUUCGAGAUGGUAAUCAGAGUGUGGGAGCGUGGAACACAAUUGCGACAUCGUCACUCCCUCGCCCACAUAUGACUGUGCAUAACACAUCUGGGGUCACUCGAGCCGACGCUCGAAGGUCAUCAUGGUCCAUGGAGAACAUUUGCAACAUUCGCACACGAAUGCGAUGCACAAAUGAAAGAGAAGGAAGGCCCACUGUCUCUAUGCGGCAUCCCACGAUCUGGGUACCCCAAGCAAGGUUCAUUGACGGACCAUCGCGUCUACGGAGAUCAUGGUGGAACCAAAGUUCUUUAUUCCUUCUCGACUUAAAACGCCUACAUAAUAUUAAGCAUAAGAAAAAGAACCCACAAAAUCAAGAACAAUCCCUCCCAUUAUCAUGUCCACCAAUGGCGAGAGACCAAGGUUAUACCAGCAUCCCUCUCCGUCCCAAACUUGUCAAUCCUUCUCAUACAUAGAGGUGAUCUCCUCGGCCAUCUCUACCUUUGCGGGCGAUAAAGAUCUAACGAUACUUGUUCCAGCCCAAACAUAAGACAACAAAUCUUCACAAAAGAAAAAUAUCCCCUCUCUUGACGCGCCAAGCACUGGCCAUCGUCGAGGUGCAACCAGGCACAUCUCGACAGGCGCACAGCCUUGAUU